UUUCAACUGCAAAGGUUGGACCGAAAGGGCGCCCACAAAUAUAUCUCACAGAUCCCCGAAACACCAACAUUGUCUGAAAUUCGACGAAAGCCAUAAAAACUUAACAAAUCCGCCAGUUUAGCACAAAAGGUCGCUUAACUUUUAACGACGCGACGGGGUAAUUUUAUUGCCAGAGUCGUGGCCCGAUAACAGUGAUAACAAAGUAGCCGCGUUAACCAAAAAAGUUUCACACUUUCCGUGCCCGAAAUCAAAAGGCGUAAUCGUAAAACGCGGCCAAGUGUUGCGAUUUAUGAGUUCACAAUCGUAAUUGAAUUUUAUGCGAAAACUUUGACCAGUUUUCCUUGGGAUUACUGUGGCAAUAAAACCAAAACGCAAAUAAAGGUCGAGAACAUAACGAAAAUUGCCGCCAAAAAUUGAUGCCAAGCUCAUGAGUGGACUCAACUUUCAUCUGUGAACGGGUCCUACUGGAGGAAAGCCCAAUGAAAAGUUUAGUUGCCACCGAACCAACUCAGUCGGAGUGGAGCAAGUGAACCCCUGCGGCUAGCCACCCGCCACCCGCCACCCCGAGCCACCCACUGUAGUCAAAUUUAAUAAAGGCCGCACAGAGCUGCUCUGGUGGUGACUGGCCCACUCCAUCGCACUCUGCCGAUGUCCUGAAUUGUCCUGGCAGGCUCACGCAGUGCGACAAAAGCCGCCCGCAGCGUUUUUAUAUGCGCACAUAAUUGAGAGCGUCGGCCAGUAACACCCGCUGCCAAAAGUUAAUGCCCAAAAGCAAGGCCGCCACAAUGAUAACCAACAAUAAUUUGGAUUAUGACCAGGGCAGCGCCAGCAGCAACACGGCGACAGCAGCUACAUCGACCGCAAGCACAGCGGCAACAUCGGCGGCCAUGAGCAACAGAAACGGCAGCACCAGCAGCAGCAGUAACUCCUCGCCCACGGCAGACAGUUCAAACUCAAACUCCAACUCAAACUCGAACUCAAACGCAAAUAUAAAUCCGAAUUCAAAUCAGAAUUCCAACUCCAAUUCAAACUCAUACUUCAACCGAUUCGACAAUCGCAUAGCGGCCAAUUUGGCUGCCGUUUUAACCGGAGCUGGAGCCCGUUUUCGAUCCUCAUCCUGCAGCAAUCGUCAGCCAGCGGCAAAUUCGGCCGUUUUGAGAUCCCCCUUGGCCACCAUCAGUCGUGGUAAGACAAGUCUGGCCGCGCCCUCUUCGCCUGCAAGUCUAGGACGUCGUCGCCCCCUGCAACUCUUCACACACGCAAAUCUCAAUUGCAAUGACAAUGAAAAGGUGGCCCAAACACCAAGCUCUGAUGAGGACAACUCGCCCACCGAACUAAACAGCUGCAAGCGUUUGGCGGACAAGCCUCCUUUGGUCAAACGCUUAACGAUGGGUCUGCUGCGCCACAACGAAGAGUCACGGCCACUGGUGGGCGACAUGACCCCUUUAAGCGCGCCCCUGGACAUACAGCCGGUGUAUUCGAAUGGCUACAUAAACGAGGACUCCUACAUCGACAGCAAGUUCGGCGACUCGUGCCGUCAAUCCUUGACAGCCAUUCCCAUGCUGGACAAUGUCAACCUGAACGACAACAACGAGUUCAAUCUGAAGAAGCGGUAUCUCAGGGAGACGAGCAGCGCCAACUCAAGCCCCAAAAUCUUCGCAAAUCGCCUGCGGAUGAACCAGGGAACCGGUGCCCAGCGGAGCAGCAGUCUGGCCAACGCAUUCGGCAAUGUGGGUGGCGAGGAGGAGGACCUGGAUCUGAAGGAUGCUUGCUGGUAUCAGGCGGGCAUUUCCCGCGAUAUAGCCAUAGAGGUCCUGCAAAGCAAGAGCCCAGGUGCGUUUCUGGUGCGCAAGAGCAGCUCCAAGCCAGGAUGUUAUGCACUCACACUGCGCGUACCUUCGCCACCUGGGCCAAAGAUAGCUAACUAUAUUAUCCUUGGGUCUCCAAGGGGCUACAAAAUAAAGGGCUUUCGCAAGGAGUUCUCCAGCCUGAAAGCCUUGAUCACCCAUCACUCGGUGAUGCCCGAACUGCUGCCCGUCCCACUGGCCAUGCCCCGUCCCACCAACAUGUCAUCCUCCCGGCGGAAUCUCGACGACUUUGAUACCUACGACUCGCUGCAGAUGCUGCUGAAGUAUCUGCGUGCCAAGAACAUGGAGACGGAGCAGCAGCAGUAGCUAAUGGAGGAAAUCGAUCAAAUGAUUGCACAAAAUUACAUUUAAGUUCUGGUACGGCAAAAUUGUUUUGCUUGAAUCGAACCGAUACCGAGAAAAUGUGAUACUCUAUGAAAAAGAAAAACACAGACACUGCAAAUGAAACGCCUAGCUGAUAAAUGGUGAAAGUAUCUAUAGUUUAGUUUAGUUUGGGUUUUUGGUUGUUCCCUGUUUUUGGAUUUGUGCGUUGAAGUAAUAAAAGAGUAUGAAAGUGCGAAAAUAUGGAUGCUUUGUCAGGGACAUUGCAACUUACUAAGAAAAUAAAGAAAAUAUCAUCCCAAAGCUUUCUAAGUUUUUUUUCGAAAAAUUGUCAUUUUCAAAUUUGUGUCAUUGUUAUACAAAAAAUCGAAACUUUUAACUUGUUCAAUUGGUCAGCCGGGAAUGUUUAUUUUUCAAUUUUUUUUUUUGACAUUUUCAACUGCAAAAUUGAAAAGAUAUUUCAAAUAAAACAAAAUAAUAUAUACCAAAUAGGGAAAAAACUCUAUGUUAAAUGUUGUUGCUGCUUUCCAUUGUUAAGCAUAAAUAAAUAUAUUCCAAAUUGAAAUGCAUAUUUUAAAUGUAAGCAAAACAGACACGAACCGAAAAUCGACCCAAAAAUGUAAAUAAUUCACUACCGUAACAUAAUUGAGUAAACAAAGUUGUUUAAUUUAUAAUACAAAAAAAUGCCAGAGAAACAAUAAAAAUAAAAACACAGAA